CCCUUGCUCCUGCCCUUGCCCCUGCCCUUGAUCGUGCCUAAUGUCCAUACCCAUUACUUCUAUAUUUAUAUGCUUCGUGCAUGUUUUCCUGCUGAGUAAUCAAUCAAUAAGCCUGUUUCUAUUUAUCUACAGGCUACAAUGGCAAUUAUUACUAAUAAUAGUGUUUGGGUAUUUCUUGUAGUCGUUUUUUGUGUUUUGCUUGACUUUUCCAAGUCAUCGGAGAUUCACCUGAGAGUUGACCAAUCUGGAAAGGGAGAUCACCGGAAUAUACAAGAUGCCAUUGACUCGGUGCCGUCGAAUAACUCGCGGCAUGUGCUUAUAUCGGUUUGUCCCGGAGUUUACCGAGAAAAAGUUGUGGUUCCGGCCGAUAAGCCCUUCAUAACUUUGACCGGGAGAAAAGGGAGUGACACCUUAAUUACGUGGGACGAUUAUGGGGAUAUAUUUACGUCUCCCACUUUCACUAUUUUUGCUUCUGAUUUCACAGCUCGAUAUCUCACUGUUCAGAAUACACAUGGUCCUGGAGCGAAAGCAGUGGCGAUGAGGGUUGCAGCGGACAGAGUUGCAUUGUUUGGGUGUACAAUUUUAUCGUAUCAAGACACUUUGCUUGAUGACAGGGGGAGACACUAUUAUAAGAAUUGUUAUAUCCAAGGUGAUACUGACUUCAUUUGUGGAAAUGCCACUUCUCUAUUCGUGAAGUGUCACUUGCAUUCACUAUCCAACGGAAAUGGGGCUAUUACGGCCCAGCGAAGGGGUUCAGCUUCCGAGAAAACGGGGUUUUCCUUUGUGGGAUGCAAGAUAACGGGCUCUAAAAGUGCCUUUCUUGGGAGACCGUGGGGUGCUUAUUCUAGAGUUGUAUUUGCCCUAACCCACAUGUCCAAUGUUGUUGUACCUCAAGGAUGGGAUAAUUGGAAUGAUCCUUCCAGACAAAGGACAGUGUAUUAUGGGGAAUACAAGUGUUAUGGGGCUGGUGCAAAGAGAAGAAAGAGAGUGGAUUGGUCACGUAGCCUGUCUAAUGAAGAAGCGGCACCCUACUUAACGAUCGACAUGAUCGGUGGCAAAAGCUGGAUUAGAAUGCUGGCCACCACACGUUUCAAAUGCUCCACUAACUAAGUACUUAUUCCACAUGUACUCCAAAUAAAAGCACCAUGCUUAUGGUCCAUCCCAAUGUUUGAAAUGAACAUGUGGUGAAUUUAUUUAUACUAUUUUCAAAUAAAAGUUAUUUAGGAUUUCUUUAACUGAAUUGAUUUUUUUUUGUCUAGUUUAACCUAGUUUGGUCGGG